UAUCUUCUGCUCGCUCCCGUGCGCGCCUCGCGGCCGGCUCCCAGUCCCAGUCAAGUGGAGACCGUCGACCACGGGCAACGCGAACGCUAACGAGCGUCACCGCGCAUAAAUUCGCGAUUAUCAGCCGCGAGGUCUCAAAUUUUAUCGCCCCGGCCCCCCCGGUGCCCCCCCUCCUUGCCCCCUCUUCGAAUUUUAACGUUCUUUUAUCCUUGAAACUUUACCUUGAGUGUUUUUGGUUUUUAACGUAUGAUUAGUGUAGGUUAUAUCAGUUAACGGGCAGUUCCUUGAGGAAUUCGUAAUCAUGUUCCCCCCGAAUGUUAAGGUGCUACUAACAAAAUUCGCCUCGGUUGUUACGCGGCUGAAAUCGGAAGACUCAGUGGAUCUAGAAUCAAACAAGCCGAAAUUGGCGAGAGUGCUGACCGUUCUUGAUCUGACAGCGUUGGGAAUCGGGUCAACUCUUGGUGUUGGUUCCUACGUCUUACCGGGAGAGGUCGCUCGCAAUACAGCUGGGCCUGCUGUCACUGUCUCUUUCUUCAUUGCUGCUGUUGUCUCCAUUCUUGCCGCUCUUUGUUAUGCCGAGUUUGCAGCUCGAGUUCCUAAAGCAGGAUCAGCAUACGUUUACAGUUAUAUGACUGUCGGCGAGUUCUGCGCUUUCGUCAUAGGCUGGAAUCUCAUCUUAGAAUAUGUCAUCGGGACGGCCAGUGUUGCAAAGGCACUGUCGGGAUACCUGGAUGCCCUGACAGGAAAAGUGUUCGAAACGUACAUGUUGCAACAUUAUCCGAUGAAUGUCAGUUUUCUCGGUCCUUAUCCAGAUUUGAUCUCAUUCUCCGUCAUCAUGCUACUUUCAUUUGUGCUAGCAUGGGGCGUUAAGGAAUCAACAAUGCUCAAUAAUAUUUUUACUGCUUUGAACCUAACCACGGUUGGCAUCAUAAUUAUUGCUGGGAUAACAGUCGCCAAGCCUUCCAACUGGUUCAUCGCGAAAGAAGAUUUACCCGUGGACCCAAACUCAAAAUACAACCCAGGAGAAGGAGGUUUCAUGCCGUUUGGCUGGACUGGUGUCUUAGUUGGAGCAGCUACUUGUUUCUACUCUUUCAUUGGGUUCGACUGCAUAGCAACAACAGGGGAAGAGGCGAAAAACCCCCAAAAGACUAUUCCUCUGGCCAUCGUUUUGUCUCUGUUGAUAAUUUUCUGCGUGUAUUUUGGAAUAUCUGCAGUUCUCACCAUGAUGUGGCCUUAUUAUGACCAGGAUCCAGCGGCUCCAUUCCCUUCAGUGUUCGAGAAAGUUGGGAUGCCUCAGGUUAAAUGGAUAGUCUCCGUGGGGGCCGUUUUUGCUCUGUGCACCAGUUUGCUGGGGUCAAUGUUCCCGAUGGCGCGGAUUUUAUACGCGAUGGCUGAGGAUGGUCUCAUCUACACAUUUUUGGCGCAAAUCAACAAAAAAACACUUACGCCAUUGUUCGCCACAUUCGUGUCAGGAGUUUUGGCAGGAAUAAUAUCGGCUAUUUUUAACCUAACGCAGCUAAUCGACAUGAUGUCCAUCGGCACCCUCCUCGCUUACUCCAUCGUUUCAUUGUGCAUUUUGCUUUUAAGGUACCGAAAAUACGAGAUCAGCGAGGAAACGAAACCAGGCCGUAAUGAGCCUGCAGUCAAUCAUGAAGAACCAAAGAAAGAAUAUCCAGGCUUCAUUUCCGGAUUGUUGAACCUUGAAAAUGAACGGCGGGCCACGGAUUUCUCGGAGGCGAUCUCGAAGAUUUUAAUUGGCACUUUUUGUAUUUUAUGUUUCAUGCAUGUAGGAGGUCUAAUUUUGAUGGAACGAAGAAUGCGAUUCGAAAUCAACUUUUGGUUCAAAGCAUACCUCAUUGGUGUAGGAAUUUUACUUGUGAUCAGCGUGAUUCUCCUAUGGCGACAGCCUCAGGCAAACACAGAAAAACUAACUUUUACAGCUCCAUUGAUGCCAAUUGUACCUACUUUAAGUAUUUACGUGAACACAUACCUAAUGUCAAAGCUGGAUAAAGCAACAUGGAUCAGAUUUGUUGUCUGGCUUUUAUUAGGUCUCUUAGUCUAUAUGUGUUAUGGGCUCAGGCACAGCAAGGAAGGAAAGAAUAGAUUUAUUGCAGCUGAAAAGAAGGAAAAGAUCUCAAAAAGUUAGUCCGUGGUUACCUCCAAAAUGAAAAUACAACCCUACUAUUUUAAACAUAGCUCGAGAUGAGUUUGCCAAGUGUCAAACUUAUUCUGUCAAAAUAUUCAAAAGCGUGUUCAAUCCAUGUGAUCAGUAUUUGCCAUUGUAUAUAGAAUACAUAUAUUUUUGUUUUAUAAAUUACCUAGGUAUCUGAUAAGAGUUGUAAAAUUACUACUUAUUUUGAGUUUUUAUUUGAUGUCAAACUGUGCAUAGUUUUAUAACUUUGAAGUACUUAUCGAAAUACAUCUUACAAAUUUUAAAUAUU